UUUAGUAAGAUGAAAACAGUUGCCAUCCAUUUUUCUGCGUCGCACGCAUUCCCAAAUUAACAAUCGAUCUUCUCUCACAUCAUUUUUAAUUUUUUGGCAAUUUAUAACUUUUUGUUGCUCAUAUCUUCCGUGAGAAUAGCUCGGCUCAAACCUUUCCACCACCGCCAACUGCCUCAACUCCGCCGGCCGGAGCCUGCUUGAAUCGCGUUCGAAGUUGAGGAAUUCCCUUCCCUUGCCGACGAAUAUGUGCUUUAGGUUACUUUAUUCUUACCUUUCAUCGCACUAGAAUUUAAAUUUUGGGCGUUUUGAUUUUCGUGAAUCGGUUAAUCAAUGGCAAGAGGUACGGCGAAACGCCUCCUUUCUCUUUAUUCCUGCAAGACUAGGAAUUUGUAUGCGGUGAGGAAUUCAGUUUCAGGUCGUUUCGUCCAUCAUUCUCGCCCUGCCCUAGUUCAUAGUGUUGCUGCGCUGCAAAUUCCUAACCAUUUACAGCUGCCGCAGCGCGAGCUCAUUGAAUUCACGAAGUUUGGUGUUUUCCCCUAUUUUCGUGGACAUUGCUUUUGCUCCUUGUCAGAAAAUGAGAAGCUUACCCUUGAUUCAUCUAAAAUUGUUGAAAAUCAAGUCGAAGCGAAUGAUAUUGAUGAAGAAGAAAGAAUGUUUGAGUCUGAAAAUGAAUGCGUGAGCUUGGAGGAAAAGAAGACAAAUUUUGUCGAGAUAGCGCUUAGGGAUCCCUUGGAAAUAUAUAAAGAGCUUAAAGAAGCCCCAGAUUCUAAGAUGCAGUCCCGCAGUGAUUGGGAUACUGUGAGUGAGAUUUGUAGGUGUUUUUGUCAGUCCGGUUGGGCUUCGAAUCAGGCUCUAGCCGUUUAUAUUGGUGCCUCAUUUUUCCCCCUUGCUGGGAGAAAGUUUGGCAGUUUUUUCAAGAAGAAAUGUAGCAAUGAUUUAGUUAAGUACUUGGUAUCCCUCGGCCCUGGUGAUCAAGCUGAUAGGUUUUUGUUCCCAAUUUUCGUUGAGUUUUGCAUGGAAGAGUUUCCUGAUGAAAUUAAGAGGUUUAGGGGAAUGGUGGAGUCUGCAGACAUGACUCGGCCGCACACUUGGUUCCCCUUUGCUAGGGCAAUGAAGCGGAAGAUUAUUUAUCACUGUGGUCCGACUAACAGUGGCAAAACAUAUAAUGCACUGCAAAGGUUUAUGGAGGCAAAGAAAGGUGUGUAUUGUAGUCCUCUUAGGUUGUUAGCCAUGGAGGUUUUUGAUAGGGUGAAUGCAUCAGGGGUUUAUUGUAGUCUAGUCACGGGACAGGAGAAGAAGGAAUUUCCUUUCUCGAAUCAUGUUGCUUGCACUGUUGAGAUGGUAUCAACAGACGAGCUAUAUGAAGUGGCUGUUAUUGAUGAGAUUCAGAUGAUAGCUGAUCCUUGCCGAGGUUAUGCUUGGACUAGAGCAUUGCUUGGCCUGAAGGCUGACGAGGUCCAUUUAUGUGGCGAUCCUAGUGUUCUGGAUGUGGUUCGGAAGAUUUGUUCAGAUACUGGAGAUGAACUUGUGGAACAGCGCUAUGAGAGAUUUAAGCCUCUUGUGGUUGAGGCAAAGACCCUCGAAGGAGAUUUGAAAAAUGUGAGGUCAGGAGACUGUAUUGUUGCAUUCUCGAGGAAAGAAAUAUUUGAGGUUAAAUUAGCAAUUGAGAAGUAUACAAAACACCGUUGUUGUGUAAUCUAUGGUGCCUUGCCACCAGAGACUCGUCGCCACCAAGCUUCUCUGUUUAAUGAGCAAGAUAAUGAAUUUGACGUCUUGGUAGCAAGUGAUGCAGUGGGCAUGGGGUUAAAUUUAAAUAUCCGAAGGGUUGUCUUUUAUAACCUCUGUAAGUACAAUGGUGAUAAAAUGGUCCCAGUUCCAGCAUCACAGGUGAAACAGAUUGCUGGAAGAGCUGGUCGGAGAGGCAGUCGGUAUCCUGAUGGACUGACCACUACCCUUCAUCUAGAAGAUUUGGAAUACUUGAUUGAGUGCUUGCAGAAGCCUUUUGAUGAGGUUAAACGAGUUGGCCUUUAUCCCUUCUUCGAGCAAGUUGAGCUAUUUGCAGCACAACUUCCUGAUCUGAAAUUUCCCAAGCUCCUUGAGAAAUUUAGUGAGAACUGCCGCCUUGAUGGGUGUUAUUUUCUGGCCCAGAAUCUGCAUAUAAGGAAAAUAGCUAAUAUGCUGGAGAGGAUUCAGGGUUUAUCACUGGGAGACCGAUUCUAUUUUUGCUUUGCCCCGGUGAACAUCAGGGAUCCUAAAGCAAUGUACCAUCUGAUGAAGUUUGCUCAUUCAUACGCUCAGGCGCUUCCGGUCAAUAUAGCUAUGGGCAUGCCCAAAUGUGCUGCUCGUAAUGAUGCAGAGCUUUUGGACCUUGAGACUAGGCACCAAGUGGUGUCAAUGUAUUUAUGGUUGUCUAAUCACUUUGAAGAGGAACAAUUUCCAUAUAUUAAGAAGGCCGAGUCGAUGGCUACAGAUAUUGCUGAGUUGUUGGGUGAGUCACUUCUCAGGGCAUGCUGGAAACCAGAAUCAAGAGGUGCACUAAAAUCAAAGUCGCAACAAAAGCAAGAUGGGGGUGCACAAACAUUGAAGGCACAAGAGAAGGAAGAUGGUUAUCAGAGGCCAAUGUCAAUCAUCAAAUUACGUGAACAAAAUAGGCGAGAGAAUUCUCAGACUAUGCAGAAACCGGAGAAAGCAACUGCCUAAAUCCUGGUUAUGAGGGUAACAUAACUCUCUCGCAUCACAAAUAUAUUCUGAUUAAAACUGCCUUGUGCAGCUUCCCAAUUGCUUGUUUAGAUAAGUACUCCAUGUGUUCAGAUCACUUUUGGGGGAAAAACAUAGCUCGAAUAGAAACUGUUUUUUGCUUCAUUCAGCUCUUGAGUGAGUAACAUAUCUUUCAGAUUGCUUGUUUAAGCAUGAUGCUAUGAGAAUAUUAGUUUUGAUAAACAUGCAUUCCUGUCUUAUAAUGCAGUAUAAGUUUCUUCUGUGUUUCUCUGUAUAAUUUAGUCAAUUAAUCUAAAUUCCAAAUGUUGGUGAAUAUACCCCUCGAAAUAAGGUUAGAGUUCACUUAUUGCACAUGCUAGUCCUUUGAAACUAAAGAUGCUUCCACGAUUGGAGCCAUAGUAAGUUAGUAACACUUCUGUCUAUUCUGAAUUUUUUAUGUCUUUCAUGUCUGACCAUCUAAUGUUGAAAUCUAGAUGAUUUAGUAUAUCCGGACUUCAUUGAAUUAUUUGAGUUCCCUCCUCUGAAUAUUCACUCCUUUACUAUGUACUUAUAUUGCUGAUCAUGUCAGCCUCUGCUGUUAGGAACUGUAAAGUCGGAACUGCAGUGGAGUGAUCCUUCUUCCUCAGGUGGAAUACAACAGAUUUGUCAGCGUUGUCAUUGACUUGAGAUCGAUAGCAGCACUCCUCUCCGCUCCAUGCUACGAGCUCUGUUCUUCUAGUUAGCAGUUGCUCCACGAAUUUCAAGGACAAAUUUUAAGUUUGGAAGACUACUCAGGUGAUCUCUUUCAAGUUCAAUCAGUGUCAAAAGGAAGGAUGCCAGUGACUAGAAUUAUGGGGUGAAUCUUUUACUGAUUUAGGGGAAAUUUUGGUGAAUUAAAAGAGUAUUGUGGUGAUCUGAUCAUUUUGAAAUAGGGUUAGAGAAGCAUGCAGCAAAAACCUCUAUUGUAGCAUAGGAACUGCCUAAUUUUAUUUAAGUUUCAGAUUUGACCUUAUUAGAAUUUAUUAUUUAGGUUCUAUUUAAAUUUUGCGUUUGACACUUGGUAAAUUGUAGUUUGGCAGCCCUGGAUCUGGAAUAAAUGCUUAUAAAUAUUCUCAUCCUAAAA